AAUCACAUCCGUGGAGACGGAGCGAGUCCCAUGAACAACAGUGUCUCUUCUCCUCCUCCUCUCUUCUCAUCGCCAUCAUCAUCAUCCACGUCCUGACAAGUCCGACCUGUGAACCCUUAUCCCUCCCCCGUCGGAAUCAAAUCCCCCAGCCUUCUUCCCCUUACCUUUUCGGGCAUAAAAUCUGGUCAUCAUGGCGGUUAGCUGAAGAAAUAGCGAUAGGGGAUACCGCUUCUUUCUUCUUCUUUCGGUUAUCCCAUUUUUGACCCCCAUCUUCAGCUUUGAUUUACUCCACCUUCACUUUCUUCCCCUUAGCUCACCAAGAAGUCAAGAACUUCACCAGCGCCGGGAUCGGCGGUUACCCAUUUCCGCAAAUCCACCCCAGACAGUGAAUUAGACGCGAAGUUUCCUCCUUUGAUGCAAUACCCAUAUGCCCAUCUUCGCCUCUCGAGCUCCAUAACCGACGCGGAUUGCGGAAAGGCAGAGAGAUUCACUGAUGGGAGCUGAGAGAAAAUGGAUGGUCACGCUUUUCUCAGCCACAUUCCUCUCCCUCUUCCUUCUUCUCGUCUUCUCAAUCUCCGCCUUCAGCUCGCCCAAGACUCUCCCUUCGAUAAUUCUCCGCGGCCCGCACCACCCGCCUGCAUUCGCUUACUACAUAUCGGGCGGGCGGGGCCAGAAGGACCGGAUCCUCCGGCUGCUGCUCGCGGUGUACCACCCGCGGAACCGGUACUUGCUGCAUCUCGGGAAGGAGGCCUCGGACGACGAGAGGAACAAAUUGGCGGCGGCGGUGGAGGCGGUGCCCGCUAUUCGGAGCUUCGGCAAUGUGGAUGUGGUGGGCAACCCGGAUCCCUUCACGUACAUGGGAUCGACGAAUAUUGCUGCCACGCUGCGGGCCGCGGCAAUUUUAUUGAAGGUGGACAGCGGUUGGGAUUGGUUCAUUACUCUGAGCGCGUUCGAUUACCCGCUGAUCACGCAAGAUGAUCUCUCCCAUGUUUUCUCCUCAGUCAGUAGGGAUCUCAAUUUUAUUGAUCACACCAGUGAUCUUGGAUGGAAAGAACACCAAAGGAUCCAACCUAUUGUGGUUGAUCCUGGGAUUUAUUUAGCCAGGAGAACCCAAAUUUUUCAAGCGACAGAGAAACGACCAACCCCUGAAGCAUUUAAAGUCUUCACCGGUUCUCCUUGGGUCAUGCUGAGCCGACCCUUUCUUGAAUUUUGUGUUUUUGGUUGGGAUAACUUGCCUCGGACCCUGCUUAUGUACUUCAACAACGUGAUGUUGUCGCAAGAAGCAUAUUUCCACUCGGUCAUCUGCAAUUCCCCCGAGUUCAAGAACACCACUGUAAACAGCGACUUGAGAUUCAUGAUCUGGGACAAUCCACCUAAGAUGGAUCCCCUCUUUCUCAACAGUUCCGACUAUGAUCAGAUGGUCCAAAGUGGGGCUGCUUUCGCUAGACAGUUCAAAAAGGAUGAUCCCGUUCUGGACAUGGUCGAUGCACACAUCCUCAAACGUGGGCCCAGCCGAGCUGCCCCGGGACCUUGGUGCACAGGCCGCAAGGGCUGGUUGAUGGAUCCAUGCUCUCAGUGGGGUGACAUUAACGUCUUGAAGCCUGGUCCGCAGGCGAAGAAGCUUGAAGAUUCCAUCAUGAAUCUUGUCGAUGACAUGAAGUCACAGUUGAAUCAGUGCAAGUGAAGCCUUAGUACAGUUCAAAGAAGGAAUGAAUCAUUUCCACUGACAGCGGUGCAGUCACAUAGGCAAUGUAAAGGGGAGCUGUCAGUGGACAUACAUUCUUUCAGAUUGAAUGAAACCGAUUCUUUCGAGAGUUCCUCUCAUGAUCACAUCACGGGGUCCAGUUCUGUGGAUAAUAGGAGGGGGCGGACAAGGUGAAACAAAGCAAAUUCACUUCAAAGUGUGGGGCUGGCACUAUGUUUUUGGGAAAGGAGAUUGGAUGGUGAGCCUCUCUAUUAGGAAAGAGGAUCUCUCUCUCUGGGCUUGCAAUUUGCAUGCUCUGUUUCUGCAUUUGUAUUGUGUAGGUUCUGCCCCUGCUUAUCAUUGAUCACAGUUUUAUUGGAGGGAAGUGCAUUCUUUAA